UAAAAGGCGCCGCCGGUCAGACAGGUGUCGAAGGCCUGAGCGCUCCGCGCGCAGCGCUCUCCAGACUCGGGCCGUAGCUGCGCCCCCGCGACCCCCGCGAUCCCCGCGACUCCCUCGCAGCCGCCGCGCGUUCCGCUCGUGCGUCCCGCUCCCAGCGCACAAGCCACCCAAACGAGACAAUGGACUGGGGCGCACUGCACACGAUCCUGGGGGGUGUGAACAAGCACUCUACCAGCAUCGGCAAGAUCUGGCUGACCGUCCUCUUCAUCUUCCGAAUCAUGAUCUUGGUGGUGGCCGCCAAGGAGGUGUGGGGGGACGAGCAGGCCGACUUCGUGUGCAACACCCUGCAGCCUGGCUGCAAGAACGUGUGCUACGACCACUACUUCCCCAUCUCGCACAUCCGGCUCUGGGCGCUGCAGCUCAUCUUCGUGUCCACGCCUGCCCUGCUGGUGGCCAUGCACGUGGCCUACUACAGGCACGAGAAGAAGCGCAAGUUCAUCAGGGGAGAGAUAAAGACCGAAUUCAAGGACAUCGAAGAGAUCAAGAAGCAGAAGGUCCGGAUCGAGGGGUCUCUGUGGUGGACCUACACGGGCAGCAUCUUCUUCCGAGUCAUCUUCGAGGCUGCCUUCAUGUACGUCUUCUACGUGAUGUAUGAUGGCUUCGCCAUGCAGCGCCUAGUGAAGUGCAAUGCCUGGCCCUGCCCCAACACGGUGGACUGCUUCGUGUCCAGGCCCACAGAGAAGACCGUCUUCACGGUCUUCAUGAUUGCAGUGUCUGGAAUUUGCAUCCUGCUCAAUGUCACUGAGCUGUGUUACUUGCUGAUACGAUUUUGCUCCGGAAAGUCCAAAAAACCAGUGUAACUAUAGUGGACGCCAGGUUUAGAUAAAAGAGGAGUGAAAUCUGUGCUCAGCCGAGAGGCACAGUCAGCCGGCCCCCCUGCCCCGGGUACAGCUCGAAUUCAGGACCACCUGUGACCCCCUCCCCGGUAGAUCGCACAUGCAACCCCAGACGCCUCUAGAGGCUGUGCCCCCCACCCCAUCCCUGCAAGUGUCCCAUUGAAGGCAGACUCAGAGCCUCUGCCACUUUUCUCUGAAAUCGGUCCUUGUGGGGCCGAGCUGGCCCGGGUGGCCAUGCCUAUUUAGACAAAGGACAUGGCGUUUGUCUCCGUUUCUUUGAGGAAAGGAGAGAAACGCCAGGGCCUGAAAAGCACAGGGUCUAGUUGACCCACUUAGGGCUCUCUUUGCCAUUUCCCCUGCAUUAAAGGUGAACACAGAGAAUCUUGGUUCUUUUAUUUGCUUUGACAUUUCAGUCUUCAACAGUGGACGCGCUCCCUAAUGCUUCAAACUCUGUUACACGUUUUUUAAGUGAAAAUUUAAAAUAUGACGUGUUCUUUUGAUCUGCAAGGAACCAUUCAUUAUAGGUUCCUCUUAUUUCAAAGGCUCAGAUUAUGAUAUGUAAACGGGGUAUAAUUAGAUGCUCUUGUUGAAUUUAAUUAUGGCCUUUCAGGUGUGAGUGGUUUGCACUGCCCCCAAGAGGCUGUCUGUUGUGUGACGUGUGGUGUGUGCUACAGGGACGAAUUUUAGCUUCCCUCAGUGAAACAAACUAGCAACCCUUGGUGAUGGCUUCUAAUAGCAAACUGCCUCGUUUCAAAAGCUUAGAUGUGAUUUUGCAUGAGGAAUACAGACUUUAUAUACCAUGAGUUACUACCAAUGGUGGGGUGGUUCAAGACACCCUGAGCUUCCUUACGAUGGUGCCUUUUCCACUCCCACGGGAAGAAUGCUGACGUACAGAGAUUGCUUGGGAUUAUUUUAUUGCCACAGUAUGAUUUAAUGGUGCAGAAGAAAAUGGCAAAUUGAGGGGGACGGGGCAGUAAAUGUUUCUAAAAAAGAGGUGUAAAAACUAGACUCUCAAUUCUGACAAUUAAAAAUGAGUUUCAUCUA